AAAAGGGACCGGGGGUCAAAAUUCUGUAAGCUUCAUAUACCUUCGAAUUCUGUCGCCUCCUCCUCCCUCUGAAUUCUCAACACACCUCGAAGCUCCGAUUCCCAAAACAUUUUUCACGACGGAAGCUUUCGAUUUGUAGACGAAGAUGUUGAGGAUUGCGGCUCGAAGGCUCUCUUCACUCUCUUCUUCCCAUUUUAGGCCCACUCUCGCUUCUUCCUUCUCCGGUUCUCAGAAGAUCGCUGAUUCCGCUGAUUCCGUCCCUUCCAAUGAUUUCAGAUCCGUCGCCUCCUUCAACACCUUCCCUUUCGGUCUUCACUUUGAUCGUAAUUGCAGAGGUUUUGCUUCUGAUGCAUUCACCUCAACGAAGGAGGACAGCUUAAUUAUGGAUAUUCCUGCAACUGUAGCAGCUGUUAAGAACCCUUCUUCAAAGAUAGUCUAUGACGACUACAAUCACGAGCGAUUUCCUCCGGGUGAUCCUAGCAAGCGUGCAUUUGCUUAUUUUGUCUUGUCAGGUGGUCGGUUUGUCUAUGCUUCCUUGAUUCGUCUCCUUGUUCUCAAGUUUGUUCUUAGCAUGUCAGCCAGUAAGGAUGUUCUUGCCCUGGCCUCGCUCGAGGUUGACCUCUCAAGCAUCGAGCCUGGUUCCACCGUGACUGUCAAGUGGCGUGGAAAGCCAGUUUUCAUCAGGCGACGAACUGAGGACGAUAUUAACUUAGCAAAUAGCGUGGACAUUGGAUCUCUUCGUGACCCACAGCAGGAUGAAGAAAGAGUUAAGAAUCCAGAAUGGCUUAUCGUGAUUGGCGUCUGCACACAUCUCGGUUGCAUCCCCUUGCCAAAUGCUGGAGACUAUGGUGGGUGGUUUUGCCCCUGCCAUGGUUCUCAUUACGAUGUUUCUGGUAGGAUCCGCAAAGGGCCAGCACCCUACAAUUUGGAGGUACCCACCUACACCUUUUUGGAGGACAACAAGCUUUUGAUCGGUUAAGAAACCAAGCUCUUCUUUUCGAGGUAAUACAGAGGUCCGAGCGACCCCCAAUUUUUAUUUAAAAGCAGAUAAAUGGCAAAGAAUCUGUUUGCAGACCUGUUUUGUUUCUUUUCUCCUCAAAUUCCUUUGAAAUCUUUAUGCAAUGAGAACACUGUAACUGUCAUUGCUUGGUGCAUGAAUGAAUCUGAAUAAUUUGACUGAAUGAGUGAAAGGUAUAGAUUAGAUGAUGA